CUGUUGGCAGCCUGGGUGGAAACGCGUGCUACUCCCUUCUUACAGGAAGGGGUAGUUUUAUGUUAAUAACUCCUAGAAGCAGCCUUCUGGGCUCCUGCGGGUCCCCCUGUGUGCUCCCAGGCUGGCGGGGAGGCAGUGUCGCGGUGCCAUCCGGGGCGGGAUGCUGGGGAGGCUGCUGGGGCACAGCCUGGGGCUGUGGCAGCGGGUGGCUCGGCCGGUCCUGCAUCCUGCCAGAGACAUUGGCUACAAAGCAAAGGGCUCUCAGGAUGCAGCUGUGCAGACGGCUAAUCCAGGUUACAAAGCUUUCAAAAAUGACAGAAUGCCUACAAAUUUUGAUAAAAAGGUGUUAGUAUGGGCAGGACGCUUUAAAAAGGAGGAGGACAUUCCCAAGCACAUAUCGUCUGAGGUCCUCGACGCAGCAAGGAACAGCGUCAGGAUAAAGGUUUGCUACAUCAUGAUUGCACUGACCUUGCUGGGCUGUUUGGUGAUGGUAAUCACAGGCAAAGAAGCUGCUAAAAGGGAUCACACGCUGCUGAGGAUGAACAUAGAAAAGAAGGCCAAAUGGAGGGCUGAAGCGGAGACGGAUGAGGAGGCAGCUGUUGGGAAGCCACAAUGAUUGGGAACAGAUUUAUUUUAACAGCGGGAAAUAAGUGAUUUGCACACAUGGCAUGUGUACCUGUCUUCAUUUAACUCUUUGGAGCUUUUUCACUGAAACUCUCAGGGCAAAGACUUCACUGCUUAAAAACUGCUCCAUACAAACUGGGAAACUCCUAUGGAAACUCCAACAGCUGCUUUCUGUGGCCUCUGGUCUUUGGCACUGGCCUCUGCUGAAAUAUAGAAAUGUCUUCUAAACUGGAAAGUGUGGGAAGGACAGAUGCAGGACUCCCCAGCUCAGGUGCUGCUGAUGCUCAGCAGGGCCACGGGGCUGCCUCCUCACAGUCAGGAAGGAUGUAGCCCUACAUUAGAGAGCAUCCCAUUCUAUGCAAUGCCUCUAGGGCAACAGCCUUGGCCAAAGUGACCCGGAGCAGGGGGGAAAGGAGUCUGAGAUAUGUUUUGCAAGCACGAAGAGGUCAAUUAUCUCUAUCUCUGAGCCUGCUGCCCUCACUGUCCCCUCUCCCUCCCCAGCCCCUCACAGUGUCCCAUGGCUGGGGGAGAAGGGGAAUAUGAGCAUGAAGAGGGGCUGGGAAGAUGGAGGGGUGUGAGCAGACCCUGAUGACUGAUUUGAGCCAAAAGGGGCUUUGGGCCAGAGGAGGUGGCAGUGAUUUGGAGUGGUAGUGUGGGCAUGCGGAGUGAUUUGGUGUCUGUGGGACAGCCUGGGAUACCCAAGCCUGGCCUGGAGGCACCUCUCAUCCUGUUGUACCUCACUGGUUUUUCAUCUUCUGCUUCCAGUCAUUGUCAUGGAAGUUCUCUAGCACUUGCUUAGCUGUGAUUUUAGUCAGGAGUAAUUGUUAAUACAUGAUAUGCUAAAACUGGAUUCUUUUUAAUCAUCAUAGUUCAUUAAUUCAUAAUAUAACAGCUGUCCAAUUACAUCUAAAACAAA